AUGUCACAGAUAAAGAAACUUCUAAAGUCUGCAAAAGCAGCAAUUGAACAUGGCGAUCCAGAUUCUGCCCUAGAAUUUGCCAAUGAUGCCUUAGAAAUUGAUGAUAAGUGUUUUUUCGCCUAUCUAUUUAAAGGAAAAUCCUAUCAGUUAUUACGACAAUUUCCUCAAGCAAUUCAAGCAUUCCAAAUAGCAACUCAAAUUGAACCUGGGAACUUAUUGGCUUGGAAAGGGUAUUUCCAGAUUGUUAGGACAUUGCCUGAUUAUGUUGGGUUUUUUAGGGUGGUUAUUGAAUUAUUUAAGAUACAAGUUGAUCAAGGAUUGAGUUUGGGUGAAACUAUAAGAGAUGUAAAGAAUUAUUUGGAUAUGAAUAGUUAUAAGAGUAAUGAUGAGUUGUAUGAAUAUUAUUUACGAUUGAUUAUUCCUGGUGGCAAACUUGGAGAAUAUAAUUUGGAAUCUCCUGAACUGAGUUUAAAGAAAUUAUUGGAUUUUAAAUAUACAAGAUUGGAUAAAAUAGUACAAGGAAUAUUAGCUAAAGAAAGAGUCAAAUUUGGAAGAAUUUUAACAGUUGAUCAAAAGGCGAAAUUGGAUACUAUUGCUUGGAAUUAUCAUCAAGAAAGUGAUUUAUCUGAAUUAUUUGAAAGUUUUCUUAAUGUUUGUAAUGAUGAUGAGCUUAGAAGGAAAUAUCAAGAGAAUUAUUUGAAAUAUAAAUAUGAAUUAUUGAAAUUUUGUCCCGAUAAAUCAGAAAUGUUUAAAGAUAUAAUGACUACUGUUGAUGACAUGAUUCUUUUAAAAACUACCAGUUUAUUUUGUUGGAAUUUAUUUUUCAAUUGGAAUGAUGCUCCAAGUAUUUAUGAAUUAGAUGAAGAUAAAAUUAUCACAUAUUUACAAGCUUAUCAAAAUGAAGGAUUGGGAUUGAUUUUAUUUGCAUUUGUAAUGAGUGAAAUCUCACCCUAUAACAAAGAACGAGUCAUUAAAUCAUUAUCCCUAAACCAUCAACAACAACUUGAAUCCAAAUCCGAAUCCAAGCAAAUCCUCAAACUUGAUUCUCCCGCAUUAGAGAAUGAUGAAGAGGAUGCCAAAGUUCUCGAAAAUCUAAUUGACGAAGAAGAAGAACAAACUGAUAUUUCUCAAUAUUAUCUCCCUCAGGACGAAAUCCUCGGACAUCUCUUGGAAGGAUAUAACAAAGCCAAAGAUUCAAUCUUAGCCAAUAGAAUCAUUGUUAAUUAUUAUCUUCAUAUGCGAGAAUAUCAUAGUGCUUCAGAAAGAUGUAAAGAUGGGAUUCGAUUAGUUGCAGAUGUCCAACGAACUUUUGGGAUUGAUUUGGAACAUACAAAAGAUGAUUUCUUUUGUUCUUUGGCGAUUGUAUAUACUUAUUAUGAAGCUCCUAAGAAUUUCAACCGAGCACUUCAUUUAUAUGAUAAGAUUCUUGAGACUAAUAAAUCAAAUAUUAAAGCAAAAGUUGGCAAAGGGUUAAUUUUUGUUGAAAGAGGAGAAUUAAACCAAGCAAAACUGAUAUUAGAAGAAGUCGUACAAGAAGCUCCUGAGAAUCGACAUGCGGAGUUGGAAUAUUAUUGGUGUUUAGUUAAAUUAGGAGAAUUCGAAAAGGGGAAAUUAGGACUUGAGAAAUUUAUAACCAAAAUAACUGGAGGUGAUUUACAUAGUGGUGAAAUUCGAGCAGUUGCUCAUUAUAGAUUAUCAAAGGGAUAUCUUAUGGAAGAUGAUACCAAUCAAGAAAAUAUCAAACAAUGCUAUUCUCAUUUAAUCCAGUCUCUUAAAGAUUAUGAAUUUUAUGCACCAAGUUAUACUUUAUUAGGUAUACUUUUCCAAGAUUAUUAUGGAGACAUUGAUCGAGCUCAAAAAUGUUUCUAUAAAGCAUUUGAUCUCGAUAUUAAUGAAAUCAUCUCGGCAAGAUAUUUAGUUGAACAAGCUACAGCCAAAAAUGAAUGGGAAGUGGCUCAAGUCUUAUCGAAAAGAGUCGUAUCUGAAGAAGGACCCCGUCGUCUCUUAUUACGUGCAACUCAAGAAGAUCGCGCUUGGCCAUAUCGUGUAUUAGGAUGCGGGGCAUUGAAUUCCCAAGACGAUGCAAAAGCCGUUGAAUGGUUUCAAAACGCUAUCCGUAUCUCAGCGGAUGAUUUUGAAUGUUGGGUAGGAUUAGGUGAGGCAUAUUAUAAUUGUGGAAGAUAUGAUGCUGCUGUAAAAGUUUUCCAACAUGCAAUAACAAUGAGGGAAUCAGGGGAGAUUCCUUGGACCGUUCAAUAUAUGUUGGGUGUUGUGACUUGUGAAAUGAAGGAAUAUAAUGAAGGGUUGACAUAUUUGUAUAGUGCAUUAGAAACAAAUCCGAAUGAAGAAUGUUUGAUUAGUGCGAUAUAUGAGGCAAAUAUUGAGAAUGGGAAACGAUUUAUUACCUCGGGGUUUUUCGGUAGAGCUAUAAACGCAAUAUUAAAAGCUUUGGAAUUUAUAAAACUGGCUGUGGUUGUGAAUUCGUCAUCUCAAAAGGUUUGGAAAUCUUUGGGGGAUGCACUUAAAGUAUUCACUAAAAUUCAAGAACAUCUCGAUAAAGUUCCAUUUGAUACCAUAAUUGAGAUAUUUGAACAUAUUGGCCUUAAUGAAGGAGAAGUCAUUGAAGUGAUUUCCGAUAUUGUUAUCCUCGACGAAUCAAUCACAUUCAAACAUGCUCGUGAAUUGCUUGACCAAGGUAAUCGUGUCAAGGCAUUGCUCAUCUUUAUAAUCCUCGGAUCAGUUGCCGGAAUCAAAGUCCUUCCCGGCAAAGUCAAUAAAUUAUUACGAUCAACCGCAUAUUACAAUCUUGGACUUUCAUUACUUGAAGCCUAUCAACUCCUUGACAAUGAUGAAACAAGCACCGCAACCUAUCGUGAUCAUUCUAUUAUCCUAUUCAAAAAAUCCAUCCAACUCGAACCCAAUAAUGCCAAUUAUUGGAUCGCGUUAGGAAAUGCAUAUUUCUCAACCAGUCCACAAAUCUCCCAACAUUGUUAUAUCAAAGCCACAACCCUCGAAAUCCAAGAUGCAGAAAUCUGGAUCAAUCUCGCGGUUUUGUUUUUGAGAUAUGGUGAUUUAAAACUCGCCCAGGAGACUUUUUUGAGAGCACAAUCGGUUGCUCCUGAAGAUGCUCAAUCUUGGUUAGGACAUGCCGUGGUGGCGGAAAUGUUGGGAGAUGAGUCCAAGGCGGCGAAUUAUUAUACCCAUGCUUUCACGUUGAGUAAAGGACGUUUAGCGCUUGCGCAAUUUUUAUAUGGAUUAUCGGUUGUGAAUCGAAGAGUUGCCCAUGGGAAUGGUGAUGAUCCGAGAGAUGUUGAGACGGCACAGGAGUUGAGUAUUAGUAAUGCGGCGAUUGUUCAAUAUUUGAAAUAUUAUCCUGAAGAUGAACAUGGGUUGAGUAUUGCGGUAACGAUUGCGGAAAGAUGUAAGGAUUAUACGAAUGCUAUUAAAUAUGGAAAUAAAUUAUGUGAAAUUUUGGAGAAGAAAUAUGAAGAAAAUGAGGAUGAAAGUGUUUUGGAGAAUUUUAGUUUGAUGAAGGCACAAAUUGGAAGAAUUUAUUUAGCGAUUGGAGAUUAUGAAUUGGCAUUGGAAAACUCACAAGUUGCACUUGAAUUGAUUGAAGGGAAUGAUGAAGAUCUUCCUGAGAUUAUUUUGUCUAGUCGAGUUACUAUUGGAUUGAGUUAUUUCUCUACUAAUCAAUUUGAAGCAGCAUUAGAAGAAUUGAAGGUAAUUUUGGGGAUAUAUAGUGAUUCCCUGGUUAUUGUUACUUUAAUUGCACAAAUUUUAUAUUCUCAUGGAUCAGAAGAAACCAAACAAGCGGCAAUCGAUCAAUUAUUUGCUCAUAUUGAAGAACAUGGAUCUUCAUUAAUUGUUGUUUUAACUCUUGGUGCAAUUUCGUUAGUUGAUAAUUUAGAAGAAUAUCUUGGGGCAAUUAAAGAAGAAUUACAAGGGUUAAGUUUGGAUGAAUUGGUGAAUGAUACAUAUAGAGAAGUACCUAAAUUACUUACGGAGAUUAAUCAUCGAUUACAAGGAGGAAGUAGAGAUAAUUCAGUCUGGCUUAAAUAUGCUUAUUUGUUUCCAUUUGAUUAUAAUGUUUGGAAGAAUGUUAGUAAUGAAAUGGCAAAAGCGGUUGUUACAUUACAUGAUACAAAAGUUAAUUGUUUACAAUUUUCAGAAGCAUUAUUAAAGAAUGGGAAAUUACGAGAUAUUCAACGUAGUUUAAUCCUUUCACCUGAUAAUCAAGAAGCAAUCGAUGCAUUACAACUUUGUUUGUAG